CAGCACGUUAUGCCUCAGUGAAACCUAAAACCAUCCCAGUGUGCGGAUAGAAAAGUUCGGUAUAAAGGCUUUUCUAGUGAAAGGGGGUGUCGCAGACUGAACUGGCAAACCGACGCGGUCCCGGGGCAGGUCCUGCCACUGCGUCGCCAAGAGUCCGGAGGCUGAGGUUUCGCGUGGACGUUUGUGGGGAAGCCUCCAAAGCUCAGUUCUGCCCAGGAGAACCCGGGAAGAAGCACAGACUCGGCGCAGGUUCCCGGCGAGGUCCGGACUCAAAUUUCAUGCGUCCGGUCGGAGGUCUCUCCCCCUCCUGCGCCCAGAAGCUCGCCUCGCCGUUAAACGGGAAUAAGGGCAAUGCCCGAGGAUUAAUCGGAUGAGUUCGUCAGUUACCGGAGUGAAGUCGUUGUCUUGAGUGUGUUUUGGAAAUGUCCACAACUUUCCGAAAGUCUUCCUUCAUUUUCUCCCUCGGAGUCGAGGAAUUACUGCCGAGUUUUGGAUGCUUGUAAAUCGGAGAGGAUCUUUGCUCCUGACCUCCCGGGAUUCUAGGUGAAAACCGAAAGCGCGGCUGAGAUGAGGUUCGGGCUAUAACCGGGUAGGCGCUGCAAACCGUGUCUGUCAAAUUCAGAGCGGACCGAGAAGCGGAUUGCCCCGGCGGAAGGCAUGCUCUGAAGACCAGCCCGUUAAGUGCCGAUCCUGCGCGCUGCACGUCUUCAUCUGGAAUUAAUUGGUUCACGACCUCCGAUGCGCUAAGGACGCGCCAGGAUCUUUAUCUCUCGUGAGAGUGAGUGUUUAGCCUACUUUAUCCGACGCCCCGCCAGAAUGAGGGCUUUCGUUAUCAGCUUAGCUCUCGUAGGGCUGUUGACCUGGACGGGCGAGGCCGACCAACAGACUCAUCUCAAGCGGGUGCAGUUACGCAGACGCGCACGACUGGAACGCGCCCAGGGGGGCGCAGCGGACAGGGAGCGCUUCGUCGGACGUAUGCGCCCCGGGUUUGGUUCGGCGAUCUCGGUGCACAGCUCCAGUAACGGGGACGAUGUACAGGCUGACCAAGGUGUACCGGUGCCCGCCAGGACGGGGGCCGUGCAGGGCAAGAGAGCAGGGGGCCGUGGUCUGGUGCCGAGGAGAGGGGCGGCCGGUAGGAUCGGCUCGCCCAGUCAGCCGGACGUGCAACGAGAUGAGGGCACUCCGGGCGCCAGAGCCCGGAUCGCCCGGAUGCCCAGCGGCGCCGGGUCGCCAAAUCUACUGGCCAGCUUCGCGGGGAAGAACCGCGUUUUGGUGAUCUCGGCGCCUCACGAUUCCGACGGCUACUACCGGCUGAUGAUGUCCCUUCUGAAACCAGAUGUGUACUGCGAGCUCGCCGAGCGACACGUCCAGCAGAUUGUCAUGUUUCACCAGGAGGGAGAGAUGGGGGGCAAGGUGAGGAGGAUCACUGCGGAGGGGAAGGUGAUGGAGGAGCCGCUGGACACAGCACUCAUCCCCAGACUCAUGAGCUUCCUCAAACUGGAGAAAGGCAAGUUCGGCAUGGUGCUGCUGAAGAAGACGCUGCAGGUGGAGGAGAGGUACCCCUACCCCGUGAGGCUGGAGGCCAUGUACGAGGUGAUCGACCAGUCGCCCAUGAGGAGGCUGGAGAAGCUGCGGCAGAAGGGCUUCGUCCAGAAGUGCAAAGGAGCGGGCGUGGAGGGUCAAGUGGAGGAGGGCACGCUCACAGUAGACACACCUGUGGAAAGAAAACCAUGGAAGAAGAUCCCCAGGAAGCCCACGAUAACAACCACAGCCGCCACCACCACCACCACCACAACCACACGACCAACCACAACAACUACAGCCACCACCACCACAACCAGAGCUACGACAACGACGACGACCAAGGCUACUACAACCGCCACCAAACCCACCACUACCACUACCAGAAGAACCACCACCACAAAAAGACCCACCACUACCACCACUACCACUACCCAGAGACCAACCAGAGCCCACACCACAGCCCUUUGGCUCCCAGACCCCAGAACCACUGCUGAUCCUUCCUACGACAACCGCAGAGAGAGGGAGAGGUACCCGGCUAAACCCACCCCAGCUGGAGAUAACCGCACUGACAAGGACAACAGAGACCCACACAGCCGCAAGCUGGUACCUGCUACACAUAAACCCUCCAAGAUCAAACCCACCAAGAAGAAGACCGGAGGAGAGAAGGUGCUGACUAAUGAGUACGAGGACAAGUAUGAACCCGGCAGUCCAACAGUGGGCGAUCCUGAGGAGACAGAGACCUUCACUGACAUCAGCCCCGUGAAGAAGGUCAAGGGCAAGCACAAUAAGCACGACAAGAAGAAGAAAAAGAAUGACAAGGCAGCCAAGAAAGCAGAGAGGAGAGGAAAGGUGGGGAAGGAGGGGAAGAUCGGGGGGAAGAAAAACGGAAAGAGGCUGUUAAAGUACCCUGAGAAGGAGGACUACCCAAAGCCCACCAAGAGGCCAUCGCCCCCUCCGAAGGGAUCUCUGGUCUCCUUCCUGGACUACUUUGAGAACAGGAGGCGGCUGCUGCUGAUUACGUCCCCCAGCGAGGAGAGCAGUAUGUAUGUUCAGCAGAGGGACGAGUACCUGGAGUCUGUGUGUGAAAUGGCCAUCAGGAAAGUCUCCAUCGUCACCGUCUUCGGCUCCCUGACCAACUCCACCAUGAAAAUUGACCACUACCAGCUGGAGAAUGACAAACCUAUGAGGGGCCUUCGUCAGGAGGACCUGGUGAACCAGGAUCUGAUCACAGAGCUGAGGAAAGAGUUUAGCAUGACGCACGAUGACUUCUACAUGGUCCUCACUGACACCGACAUGAGAGUCAAGCAAUCCUAUGAGGUUCCCAUCAGCAUGAAGGCUGUAUUUGACUACAUCGACACCUUCUCCUCCCGCAUCCGAGAGAUGGAGCAGCAGAAGAGAGACGGGGUCGUCUGUAAGAAAGAGGACAAGCCCAGAUCGUUGGAGAACUUCCUCUCUAGGUUCCGUUGGCGUCGUCGCCUGUUCAUCAUCUCCGCCCCCAGUGACGAGGAGUGGGCCUAUCAGCAGCAGCUCUACGCCCUGACUAGCCAGGCCUGCAACCUGGGUCUGAGGCACAUCGCCAUCCUCAAGUUGGUUGGCACGGAGGCGCCGGAUAUGGGCGGGGUCUUGGAACUCUAUCCGAUCAAUGGGACUGCUACUGUGGAGCGUGAAGGGCUGUCAGCCUCCCUGGUGAAGGACAUGAGGAACUACUUCCAGAUCAGCCCAGAGUACUUCUCUAUGCUGCUGGUAGGGAAGGACGGCAACGUUAAGUCCUGGUACCCUUCACCUAUGUGGUCCAUGGCUAUUAUCUAUGACCUGGUAGACUCUAUGCAGCUACGCAGGCAGGAGAUGGCCAUCCAGCAGUCACUUGGCAUGCGCUGCCCGGAGGACGAGUAUGGCGGCUAUGGCUACCAUCAACAUGGAUAUGAACACGGUUACCAGGACGGCUAUCACCAGGGCUACGGCUACUAACUGGCGCGUGGGUGUGUGCUAACCGAGGAGGCACAAGUUAACUUCUCCCUCUGCCUUGCAGCUGCAGCUUGACACUUUCAGUCCUCUGUCUUUGACCCUUAACCUUUUUCUAACCUUUCAUACCCAUCCUCCACCAGGCAGUUGUCACUGGUGGAGUAUCCUUGAAUGUUUCGUAGCACUUAGUGGAAGCUUCAAAACUGUUGCUUUCACCUAUCCAGUUCUUCGAUAUACAGCAUAUAGCAUAGUAUGCUGCAAGUAAUGGUAAUUUUCACGGGGCUUUAUUCCCAGCUGGUUAGUCACUAAAUGUGUAGAUGAGCCUGGAGGUUCAGGGAUCUGUUGUGUACUUAAGUUCUUGUUUUGUUUUGCAUUACUGACUUCGAACACAGUGUUUCGCACGUUGUUACAUUGUUUCCUUCACUUGCCUUCCUCGUCAAAUUUACAUAAUCACGUUAUCAGCACAGACCUUUAUUUUGUAGAUAAUGGGCUAAAAUAAGACUUCUAUGUAUUUAUUGGACAUCUGUUGCAUUUGAGGUGCAGUUAUCAACUAUUUUAUGAAAAAAAGCUGUCACACUAUUUCUCUUUUGUAAAGUUUCUGUCGCUAUACAAUGUUCUUAUUUAUAUUCAAUUGUCCUAUAUGAAAAUAAACAUUUGUUA